AAAAGAAAAAUCAUAGUCAUGUGCAAAGCCAACUGACAUUGAAAAAAACAAAAACAAAAACAAAAAAAAAAUGCCAGAUUGACAGACAACUGAAAACCCAAUAGAUUUUAUCCGAUUGUUUCAUUCAUGUUAUCCUCUUUUCUGCUGAUUUCUUUGAAAUUCAGACAAAACCCUAAUAAUCAGUUUCAGAUGACACCCUUCACUUCCAAUUCUCCAAUCAACCCAUCCCGAGCCGUCAUCUCAACCACCAAAAGCUGCAAAGUUCUAUAAUGCAAGCAUCCACUAAUACUAUAGUACUCCUGGGUCCAACGAAUACCAGUUUCCCGCCAAUCUCCCGCGUUUUCCAGCCAAAACUGCAGGGUUUCCCGCCAAAACAGAGAGUUCUCGCGGGAAGAAGCAAUCUUUAUUGGCCAAGAAUGGAUUUUCCUGGUGGGUUUAGGAUAAAUUCACAACUGGGUGGUGGUGGUGGUGGUGGUGGUUUUGGUGGUGAUGGUGGGUUGCCUACUCUAAUGGAAUAUGUGGGGAAGGGAGGGGCAAAUGUGGGUGAUGACUUAGUGGUGUUGUAUGGUCAUUUGGAGUACGCUUGCAAGAGAAUUGCAGCUAUUGUGGCCUCUCCUUACAAUUCUAGUCUCAGCAAGAACAAGGGUGUUGCCGGUGGCAGUGGUGGCACAGGCAGAGAUGCCCCGAAGCCGCUCGAUAUCGUAUCAAAUGAGAUUCUUUUGUCAUCCCUGAAAAAUUCUGGAAAAGUUGCAGUUUUUGCCUCAGAAGAAGAUGAUGCUCCAGUUUGGAUAACAGAUGACGGCCCAUUUGUCGUGGUCACAGAUCCCCUAGAUGGUUCCCGAAAUAUUGAUGCAUCUAUUCCUACCGGGACAAUUUUUGGGAUUUAUAACCACCUUGUGGAAGUAGACCAUCUGCCAUUGGAGGAAAAGGCAAUGCUAAAUUCACUCCAGAGUGGAACUAGGCUUGUAGCUGCUGGUUAUGUUCUCUAUUCAUCUGCCACAAUACUUUGUACCAGCUUUGGUUCAGGAACUCAUGCAUUCACACUGGAUCACUCAACAGGGGACUUUAUUCUCACACAUCCAAGCAUUAAAAUUCCUCCUAGAGGGCAAAUCUAUUCUGUAAAUGAUGCACGAUAUUUUGACUGGCCCGAAGGUUUAAGGCGAUAUAUAGACACUGUCAGGCAAGGCAAAGGCAAAUACCCUAAGAAGUACUCUGCCCGUUACAUAUGUUCUCUUGUUGCUGAUUUCCAUCGGACUCUCUUGUAUGGCGGAGUCGCAAUGAAUCCAAGGGACCAUCUUCGCCUUGUUUAUGAGGCAAACCCUCUUAGUUUCCUUGUGGAGCAAGCUGGAGGUAGAGGUUCUGACGGUAAAAGUAGAAUUUUGUCAAUUCAGCCAGUCGAGCUGCAUCAAAGACUUCCUUUGUUUCUGGGAAGUUCAGAUGAUAUAGAAGAGUUGGAGAGUUAUGGAGAUGUUCAACAGAAAGUAAACCCUGGAUAUGAAGUCUGAUGCUGUGAUUGUCCUCAGUGAUUAUAGGGUUAAUCUUGGACUGUCAAGUUUUGGUAACCCAACUCCAAAUAUUUCUUAGAUUUCAUCUGUUCUACCGGCCAACUAGCAGGGCAUGGAUGUUUUAGGCAUGAAGUACUUAAAGUAGAAGAGAAUAUGUUCUAUUUUGUGUUUUUUGCUUUUUUCUUACAUUUCACUUUUACUGUAUUUAACUGUAAUGAAUAUGUCCUGUGAAUGCUCUGUAUAUUAUUAUCUGUAUCAAAAUUGUUACAUCAUGACAAUCAUUUGUAUUAUAGUGUUCCACCGUUUAUAAUACACCGGCUUGCCCUUAAAAUUCAGGAGGCCGCUUGUAAUA